AUGCACGCCUUGAGUGCAGACGGACGCUAUGCCCACGCGCGCGCCAUCCUCGGCCCGGAGCUGCACGAGAAGUUGCCUACGUUGAAGGUCUUGCUCGUCGGUGCGGGCGGCAUUGGAUGCGAACUGCUGAAGAACAUCGUCCUCGCCGGCUUCGGAAAUAUCACCCUCUUGGACUUGGACACAAUCGACUUGUCGAACCUGAACAGGCAAUUCUUGUUCCGGAAGAAGGACGUGAAGCAAAGCAAGGCGCAGGUGGCCGCGCGCACCGCUGCGGCUUUCAACCCGCACGUCAACAUCAUUCCUGUGCACGGGAACAUAAAAGACCCCCAUUAUGAUCUUGCAUGGUUCUCCAACUUCGAUAUUGUACUCAACGCGCUGGACAACCUCGAUGCGCGGAGGCACGUCAACAAGAUGUGCAUGGCCGCCAACAUCCCGCUCGUCGAGUCCGGCACUGCUGGCUAUCUGGGUCAAGUUCAACCCAUCAUCAAGGAUCGCACAGAAUGCUUCGAUUGCGUACAGAAACCCACGCCCAAGACUUUCCCAAUAUGCACGAUCCGCUCGACGCCCUCGCAGCCCAUACACUGCAUCGUAUGGGGGAAGAGCUAUCUUCUGCCUCAGCUGUUCGGCGAAGAUGAGAACGCGACGGAUGAUCUCGACGAUGCGCUCAAAGCAGGUGAAAACGCACAGGAGAUCGAUGCCCUGAAGAGAGAAGCUCUCGCAUUCAAGGCCGUGCGUGCCGCGUUGCGCUCAGCAGACCGCGCUUCGGAGGCGCCGAAGCUCGUUUUUGAGAAGGUCUUCGACAGAGACAUUCGCAACCUUUUGUCAAUGGAGGAUAUGUGGAAACAUCGCGCGAAGCCCACGCCUCUGGACUUCUACGCGAUCCGGGACGACCGCUUCGAGCUACGGGGCCAGAAGGCUAGCAAGGUUGCGCUUGCGGUUAACGGCGCGACGUCCGCGAACACGAAUGGCACUAGCACUGCUACGAAUGGAACUUCUAAUGGAGCUUCGACUAGCGCGAGCGCUAAGCUGAAGGAUCAGCGCGCAUUGUCCCUGCGGGAUAGCUGGGAGAUGUUUGUAGCGAGCACACAGAAACUUGCUGCGCGGGUUCAGGCUGGCGAGGAGACCAUCUCUUUCGAUAAGGACGAUGACGACACGCUAGACUUUGUCACCUCUGCAGCGAACCUGAGGUCUGCGGCUUACGGUAUCCCCGGCAAGAGUCGAUGGGAGGUCAAAGAGAUGGCGGGAAACAUUAUCCCCGCGAUUGCGACAACCAAUGCGAUCGUGUCGGGUUUGAUCGUCUUACAAGCACUACACGUCUUGCGCAAGUCCUACAACGCGCUCAAGGAUGUCCACAUCCUCUUCAAGCCCACAAAACCUCUCACCCCUGGUGUCAAGGCCCCGCCUAUCCCCACUUGCGGUGUAUGUCGCGACGCGUACGGCCUCUUACGAUGUGACCCCGCGCGCGUCACGCUCGGCCAGGUCGUAGAAGCUGUUACUGCGGGUAUCCGGUGGGGUACCGCAUGUGACGGUGACGGCGACGUCAGCAUGGAGGCGCCGGAAGUCAGCACUUAUGAGGCGCAGAGGUUACUCAGCGACCCUGACUUCGAUGAUAACCUCGGGAGGACGCUCGAGAGUUUGGGCGUCACGCGUGGGAAGUUCCUUACCAUCCAGGAUGAGGACGGCGUGUAUCAGCCCAUAUCGCUAGGUAUUGCGAUGUUACUGUCUGACCACCCCGCGGACGCACCACCGAUGAUCCUACCCUCGCCGAUGCCCACACCGGCCAAGCGCCCGGCGAAGCCCGCGCCAAAACCAGAAGCGUCGCCCGCUGCAUCACUCGGCAAGCGGGGAGCUCCUGAUGAUGAUGAUAUCGAGUCGAGCCAGCCAGCGAAGAAGGUCGCGCGUGGUUUACCAUCCGGACCCGCCACACCGAGCAAGCGGCGUCUGUUGGAAGAAGACGGGCUCGUGUUGCUAGAAGAGCAGAAUGAGAAGGUCGACGACGACGAUGCUGUCAUCGUGUUGGAUUAA